CUCCUAAAGCUACCUUUUAAAUGUGAUUUUAACAUGUAUAUAUUCGGAUUUAAACAGAAUUAUCCUGGUUGUCGAUAGAAAUGAACCCAAAGAUGCGAAAUCAAAAAAAACAAAAACCGAAUGAAACGGAUGCUCCUCAAUUGUGCCUAUAGGCUUUAGUAAUGAAAUUGCUGACAACUUAAAUAAUUCAAAAAUAUUAAAAGUGUCAUUGCAGACAAAAUUGUCAAAAACCAUAAAAAAUGAUUUACGAUUACAUCCAAAAUCGCGAGGAUCAUCCGGACGAUGUUACUGAUGUGGCCCCCAACUAUGAGCAAGAAUUCGUUAACGCGAAAUCUUUUCUGCAAAGAACGAGUACUGUUACCGGAGACAAUAUGUACGAUCACUUAACAGACUGUUUAAAUAAAAUCCUAGCAGAACGCCCCGAAAACGUGAUCGAUUUUUUUGAAGAAUACAGCAGAAAAGUGAAGGAAAGAAGAUAUUAUCCCUUAACGGAUCAUUUAGAGGAUAUUUAUGUCCCACCUGGAAGAUUUGCUUUUGCAAACAAAAUUAUGCCAUUUCUUAAGCCCUUGGCACCAGGAGAACCUUCCACAGUGGACCCAGAUGAUCUGGAAAUAGCAGACAUGUCCAAAAACAACAUGUUGCAACUUUUGUAUUAUUUUGAACAAACUGGUGUAGGCUUACCAAGAAAUGACAUGUUUUACUUGACUUUAUCUAUGAGAAAACUCAUACAUUCCAAACCCAUUUCUAAAAUAAGAUUUUGGGGUGUAAUUUACGGAAUAUUCAAGAAUUAUAUAAUCCUGGAAGCAGAGUUAAAGGAAGAGGAGUACAUCAAAAGAAACGAGAAGCUUCUGCAAGAUGAAAUUCUUCCCCCACCCCCUAUAACUGAUGAAACAGCUCUUCAAAAAAGUGGAGAAGAAAUAGAAAAAGCUUUAGAAGAACUUAAACACCAGCAAGAUAUUGGAGGGGAGGAUAGGACCACAAAGUACCCAAGACAAUUACCUCCCGAGCCUCCAAAUUUGUUUGAGGAACCUCCUGAGGCCCCAUCUGAGCCAUCGGGAGUCGGAAUCAACAAAAAAGUGUACUUUUGUUGUAACGAAAUUGGAGAUGACUGGAUUGAACUUCCCGAUAUAACUCCAAAACACAUCAGAAUCGCCAGACAAAUUUACAAAUCUUUUUCAGGAUUUCUCGAUAGAGAAGUGCUUACUUAUCCAGAGUUUCCUGGUUUGGAAAAGGAUUAUUUAAGGGCACAAAUUGCCAGAAUAUCUGCAGGUACUGAUAUAUCGCCUUUGGGUUUUUACACUUUUUCACCAGGUGGAGAAGGUGAGGGUGAAGAGGAGGAGGAAGAAGAAGCUGAAGAGGGAGGUGAUCAACAGAAAACCACGUAUUCUGAAAACCCCAAAUACGAUCCUCCUCCAUUAAAGGACCUUUUGGACAUGUCCGUGAGCUUCUGGGUUCACCAUACCCUUUAUAUUCUACCACAAGGAAGAACCUCAUGGUGGAACCCCAAUCCCCUUCCAGAGCAAGGGGAGGAGAUGGAUGAAGAAAUGGGAGAGGGUGAGGAGGAAAAAGAAAAACCGAUAGGUCCAGAACCGGAAACAGGACCUCCAUUAUUAACUCCCUGCUCUGAGGACGCAACUUUGGAAGCUGUACCUGCUUGGUCUAUAAGGUGCUCUUCAAAAAUAGCAGAAGAGUAUGCCAUAGCUAUAGUACGUUCAAAUUUAUGGCCUGGAGGUUAUACUUUUACGACACAAGGGAAAUUAUGGCAAAAUAUUUAUUUGGGUUUCGGUUUAAAGUAUUUAGAGCACAACUUUUCACCCACUCCUUUACCACCGGUCCAACAAGAUUACCCUAUUGGUCCGGAAAUAAUGGAGAUUAUGGAUCCGACUGGCGCCCAAGAGGAGGAAUGGAGAAUUGCGCACCUCCCGAAACCUCCACCAAUAAAAAUAAUGGGAGGAGAGGAAUUGGGAGAAGAGGAAGAGGAUGAAGAUGAAGAUGAAGAUGACGAUGACGACGAUGAAUAA